UGAUAUUUCACGGAUCAAGCGGUGGUAAGAAGGCAAAAUAAUAUUUGAAAGAACCGCGAGCGACGCGACACGAGCUAAACUGCUCAGAUCAACUUGCUUGCGCACAGUGACGGGAGUGUUCUGUUUCUUGAUAAAGAUGACGCCAGCUCGGUGCUGCAGCGCGUCAGGCGCGCAAACUCCGGCUUCUUCGAGGAGAUAAAGCGCGGGGAUCUUCAGCGCGAGUGCAUUGAAGAAAUCUGCGACUAUGAGGAAGCGCGCGAGGUGUUCGAGGAUGACGAGAAGACGAAGCAGUUUUGGCUGAGUUACUCCGAUGCGCAUUCCAAGGGCACGAGGGUCCCCCUCGGUAGAACGUGCACGCCACUGACUGUAGGCUAAUGAUACCAGCGACACCAACACACACUAAGGAGCCCUGCUUGACCAAUCCAUGCAAGAACAAUGGCACAUGCAUCUAUCUAGCCAACACCUACUACUGCCUGUGUCUGGAGAGCUUUGAGGGCAAAUACUGUGAAAAGGGGUUUGAGGAGACGCUUAAGUGUCAGUAUGUGAAUGGAGGCUGUGAGCAGUUCUGUGAUGCUUCCGGACCCAGACGUGCAUGCAGAUGCGCCGCAGGAUACACUCUGGGAGCUGAUGGGAUGUCUUGUGUUGCUGAAGUUGAAUAUCCAUGUGGAAAGGUUCCACUUCAGAAGAGCACCGUUCAUUCCCAAAAAGAGUUUGUGGGUGGAAUUCAGUGUCCCAGAGGUCACUGUCCUUGGCAGGUGUUGAUAGAUUAUAAUGGUGAGAGUCUGUGUGGAGCGGCUCUUCUGGAUGAUAACUGGGUCAUAACUGCUGCUCACUGUGUUCAUCAGAAAGACACAAAGCAUUUGAAGGUUAUUACAGGUGAUCAUGACCUGGAUGUUAUGGACGGCUCGGAGGAGGCGUAUAAUGUCACUCGUGUGAUUAUCCAUGAGAACUAUGACCCUGUGUCACUGGAUAGCGACUUGGCCCUUAUACAGCUUUCUGAAGAACCCAAGCGCUCAGUGUACGCCGUGCCUGUUUGCCUGCCCACACCACACCUGGCACAGAAUGAGCUUGAGGCCAUCCGCUUCCACACGCUUAGCGGAUGGGGCAAGCGAACUCCAGGGGACAACAUCCCUCCGUCCAAAGGCCUUAAAGCCCCAUCAUCUGCCACACUGCAGCGGCUGGCUGUACCUCUGUUCCCCACAGCACAGUGUGUAGUGAAGAGUGGCGUUAACAUCACUACAAACAUGUUCUGCGCGGGUUACACUGAGGGCAGCCACGAGUCCUGCAGAGGACAUGAUGGCAGUCCACUCGUCACACGCUAUGAGGGAACAUCCUUCCUGACAGGUGUUGUGUCAUGGGGUAAAGGCUGCAGUCAGCCUGGGAACUAUAGGAUUUACACCAAAGUGGCCAACUUUUUGAAAUGGCUUGAGAUGGUUAUGAAAACACCCAUCAAGCCACUUAAUAUCAGUGGAUUUCCAUCCACUCACAAAUAAUGUCUCUACCAGAGGUUAAUGUGAUGAGCUUUGAAAUAAAACCAUUACUCUGA